AAAGGGGGGUGGCUUCCCUGGUGAAAGAGAGACCGAAGAAAAAGCAAGAAACGGAAGAGGUUCCUCAGCGUGAUCAGCCGUCAACAGCUCUCGAUGUGAAGAACCAGCGAUGUCCCACAGCGCCAAACAGCAGGCCGCUGCUCUCCUAAACGCUGCUGGGAAAACCCAGCAUGGAAGCUUCCUGGUGGCUGUUAAGCAGGAGAAAGGGGAGCCCCCACGGCCUGUUGGCGAGAAGCCCCAUGGCGAAGAGGAGGUGAGCCCCCUGCCGGUGAAGAAGCGGGGAUGGCCAAAGGGCAAGAAGAGGAAGAAGAUCCUCCCCAAUGGGCCCAAGGCUCCGGUGACGGGCUACGUCCGUUUCCUGAAUGAGCGGCGGGAGCAGAUCCGCAUGCAGCAUCCGGAUCUGCCCUUUCCAGAGAUCACAAAGAUGCUCGGGGCUGAGUGGAGCAAACUGCAACUCACGGAGAAACAGCGAUACCUGGACGAGGCCGAGCGGGAGAAGCAGCAGUACAUAAAAGAGCUGAGGGAAUACCAGCAGUCGGAGGCUUACAAGAUGUGCGCUGAGAAGAUGCAGGAGAAGAAGAUCAAGAAAGAGGAUGCUACAUCGGGAGUCAUCAACACCCUGCUGAAUGGCUACAAGGCCGGAGAGGGUGGCAGUGACGGCUUCUCGACGUUUGACACGCCCAUAUUCACAGAGGAAUUCUUGGACCAGAAUAAAGCCCGGGAAGCAGAGCUGCGACGCCUGCGCAAGAUGAACACGGAGUUUGAGGAGCAGAACGCCAUUCUGCAGAAGCACACGGAGAGCAUGAGCUGUGCCAAGGAGCGCCUGGAGCAGGAGCUGGCCCUGGAGGAGAGGCAGACGAUGGCCCUCCAGCAGCAGCUCCAGGCCGUGCGCCAGGCUCUGACGGCCAGCUUUGCCAGCCUGCCCAUCCCAGGUACGGGAGAGACCCCCACUCUUGGCACUCUGGAUUUCUACAUGGCUAAGCUGCACAGCGCCAUCGAGAGCAACCCCGUGCAACACGAGAGGCUGGUGGUCCGUGUGAAGGAGAUCCUGUCCCGUAUUGCCAGCGAGCACUUGUGAGCAGCCACGGAUCCUCCAGCACAGCUCAACCACUUUUGGACUGUGACCUCCUCUCCACAGUGUUGCCGGACGCCCCUUCGCAGAAUGGCCGGCUUCAGCCUCCGGAGCAUCUCCCUGUGCCUCUUCUCUUCAAGGAGCCUUAACUAUCUCCUUUCCUGUAACUCUCCCUUCCGGGCCCAAACUUGCCUGCCGGGCCAGUAGAUUUUGGAGUUCUGCACAGCAUAGUGGACUUUCUUGCCCUGGGUGGGAUGCCGAAUUUGACGCUCUGUGGAGUUUGGAUUUUUUUUCAAAGCACAGCUUCCAGGUUUUGCCUCUGGGGGGGGGAUUUGCAGUGGGAAGCUGCAACUGCAAACCCAGGUUGGUUGUCGGUAGCUCCCACCCACAGUGGCCUGUAUGUGCAGCCUCACCGUGGAGCAGCAUUGGAUCUUUUUGCUGCCCGGAGAGGGGACUACAAGCCCUGGGGGUGUGGCUGGCCACUGUGGGAAUCCUAGGCCACCAGGUUUGAAACCACUAGAACACAUAAGGAAAUGGCUGUUACGCAGAAUCAUUUCUUCUAGUCCGGACAGAGCGGUCUGUCAUAGGUGGUAGCAGUCCUGGCAUUCGGCGAGCCAAAGUCGUCUUCCUCACUGUCCCUGCUAGGACAUCUCUUUUUCCCCCAAACGGUUCUCCUCUUUGAACUUCUUAGGAUACCUGAGAAACUGCCUUAUAGUGAGUUGGACUUCUGGCCGACUCUAGUUGUAUUGCCUCCUCUGCUGGGUGGCUUCUCUCCAGGGUCUUGUCUGGAGAAAGCCCUUAUCAAAGAGAUAAGUGCAUCAGAAGAGUCCUGCUGGAUCAGACCGAUAGUCCAUCAAGUCCAUCAUCCCGCCUCACACAGUG